GCGCAGGGGAGAAACAGCAGACGCUCUCCAGCACUCAGCCGGGCUGGGGCAACGCGUUCUCCACAACUUUCUCUUCGUCAUUUUCUGUCUCUAGUUCCUUUUGCCCAACUCAGCGAGAUGGCGUCAAUACUGCGCUUCUCGUUGACGACGCUCGAGGGAGCAGCAGGGAGUGGACGUAGACCACUUAUCAGCGCCAUCCGAGGAUUACGAACACACACGCGUCUUCGUGAAGCUGUAAAACCUGCUGAGCCAAUCCCCGGUAUACCAUACAAGAACUUAACCAUUGGUGUACCCAAAGAAAUAUGGCAGAAUGAGAGGAGAGUGGCACUUGCUCCAGCAUCUGUGGCUGCCCUUACCAAGAGAGGUUUCAACAUAGCCAUUGAAGAUGGUGCAGGUCUGGAGGCUAAGUACCACAAUGUAGCCUUUGAGGAAGCUGGAGCCAAAAUUGUGGAUAGGAAUUCUGCAUUUGCAUCUGAUAUCGUGUUGAAGAUUCGUCAGCCACAGCUAGAGGAAGUAGGCUUGCUGAAGGAUGGCAGCACUUUGGUAUCCUUCUUUUACCCAGCACAAAACAAGGAGCUCAUUGACCAUUUGGCUGCUAAAAAUUUGACUGUGUUUGCGAUGGACUGUGUGCCGAGGAUAUCUCGUGCUCAGGUAUUUGAUGCACUGAGUUCUAUGGCCAACAUUGCCGGUUACCGAGCCGUUGUUGAAGCCUCCAAUCACUUUGGCCGCUUCUUCACAGGUCAGAUAACAGCUGCAGGUAAAGUUCCUCCUGCCAAAGUUUUAGUUAUUGGUGGUGGUGUUGCUGGUUUGGCUGCUGUUGGCCAAGCCAAGAAUAUGGGUGCCAUUGUUCGAGCUUUUGACACCCGAGCAGCUGUAAAAGAACAAGUGGAGUCAUUUGGAGCAGAGUUCUUGGAAUUACAUGUGGAGGAAUCUGGUGAGGGUACUGGUGGCUAUGCAAAAGAGAUGUCAAAAGAAUUUAUAGAAGCAGAGAUGGCCUUGUUUGCCAAACAGGCUAGGGAGGUAGAUAUUAUCAUCUCCACAGCUCUUAUACCAGGGAAAAGGGCACCAGUUUUGAUUAAAAAGGAACAUAUAGACGCCAUGAAGCCAGGAUCGGUUGUAGUUGACUUGGCAGCAGAAGCCGGUGGUAAUAUUGAAACAACUGUACCCGGUGAAGUAUCGGUUUACAAUGAUGUCACUCAUGUUGGACUGACAGACCUGCCUUCUCGUUUACCCACCCAAGCUUCCUUCUUGUAUGGCAAUAACAUUUCAAAGUUCUUGCUGUCCAUUGGUGAGAAAGAUCAUUUCAAUGUCAAUCUGGAAGAUGAGGUAGUAAGAGGGUCUAUCAUCCUCCAAAAUGGAAAGUUGCUUUGGCCCCCACCACCUCCCCCAGAACCAUCACCAGCUGCAUUGGCAAGCACACAAGCAGCAGCAGCAGCAGCAGCAGCAGCAGCAGCAGUUGUGAAGGAACCUCCACCACCACCCAAUUACUUCAACAUCACCAUGAAGGAUGCUCUAAUGUAUUCCUCAGGUUUGGCCAGCUUGGCAGGGUUGGGCAUGGGUUCACCCAAUGCUGCCAUGACUCAGAUGAUGACCACAUUUGCCUUGUCUGGAAUUGUGGGCUACCACACAGUCUGGUCUGUCACACCUGCCCUCCACUCCCCACUCAUGUCUGUCACAAAUGCCAUAUCAGGUAUUACUGCUGUGGGUGGUCUAUUGCUGAUGGAUGGAGGUUACUACCCCACCAAUGUCAUCCAAGCCUUAGCUGCCUCUGCUGCCUUCAUCUCCUUCAUCAAUAUCUUUGGUGGUUUUCUUGUUACCCAGAGGAUGUUGGACAUGUUCAAGCGGCCAACUGAUCCUCCCGAAUACAAAUAUCUGUAUGGUAUUCCUGCUGCAACCUUCCUUGGUGGUUAUGCUGCUACUGCUGCUGCUGGCUACACAGAGAGUCACCAGAUGGCCUACCUUGCUGCCUCCCUCUGCUGUGUUGGUGCCUUGGCAGGACUCUCAAACCAGAAGACUAGCAGACUUGGCAACACACUAGGCAUGAUUGGUGUAUCAGGAGGAAUUGCUGCAACCAUUGGCCAGCUUGUGCCUUCUAACCCAGUGUUGAUGCAAAUGGGUGGAGCUGCUGCCAUGGGUGGAAUCAUCGGUACCACCAUUGCCAAGAAGAUUGAGAUUACUGACCUUCCUCAGCUAGUAGCUGCCUUCCAUAGUUUGGUUGGUGCUGCUGCUGUGUUGACCUGCAUAGCCACAUUCUUGCACGACUUCCCUCACUUCGCCACUGACCCAGCUGCCAAUGCCAUAAAGACUGCUCUCUUCUUCGGUACUUACAUUGGAGGAGUUACCUUCAGUGGUUCACUGGUGGCUUAUGGCAAACUGCAAGGUCUCUUAAGUUCGGCACCCUUACUCUUGCCUGGCCGCCACGCUUUAAAUGCUGGUCUUCUUACUGCCAACGUGGGGGCUAUGGCUUACUACAUGAUCGACCCCUCUCUCAAUGUGGGUCUUACUAUGUUAGGAACCACGACUACCCUGUCGGCUGUUAUGGGUGUCACCCUCACAAUGGCUAUUGGAGGUGCUGACAUGCCCGUUGUGAUCACGGUCCUGAACAGUUACUCUGGCUGGGCGUUGUGUGCUGAGGGCUUCAUGUUAAACAAUAACCUCAUGACUGUUGUUGGCGCUCUGAUUGGUUCCUCUGGUGCAAUUCUGUCAUACAUCAUGUGCAAGGCAAUGAAUCGAUCCUUACCCAAUGUCAUAUUGGGUGGCUUUGGCACUUCCUCUACUGGUGGUGGAAAGCCCAUGGAGAUCACAGGAACACACACUGAGACCAAUGUUGACCAGACUGUGGAGAUGAUGACUAAUGCCAAGAACAUUAUCAUUGUACCAGGCUAUGGAUUGUGUGUUGCAAAAGCUCAGUACCCAAUUGCUGAAAUGGUGGAUAUUCUAAAGAAGAAGGGCAAGAAUGUUAGGUUUGGCAUCCACCCUGUAGCUGGUCGCAUGCCCGGACAGCUUAAUGUCCUGCUGGCAGAGGCUGGAGUACCAUAUGACCUGGUCCUUGAGAUGGACGAGAUCAAUGAUGAUUUCUCAGAAACUGAUUUGGUGUUGGUUAUUGGUGCCAAUGAUACUGUCAAUUCUGCUGCUGAAGAUGACCCCAACUCCAUCAUUGCCGGCAUGCCAGUCUUACGUGUCUGGGUUUCCAACCAGGUUGUUGUGAUGAAGCGCUCACUGGGUGUGGGCUAUGCUGCUGUUGACAACCCAAUCUUCUUUAAAACAAACACCAACAUGCUGCUUGGAGAUGCUAAGAAGACAUGUGAUGCUCUCCUCACCAAACUCAAAGAACACUAUGAUUAAUUCUUAUCAGAGCUUACAAGAAGAUGCCAGGCAACUAGAGUCUCUCAAGUCAACAUAACGGUUCACUAUUUUAAUUUAUUUAAAAUUUUCAUUCCUUCAACAUGUCAACAAGAUCUCAAGUUUGUUCCCUGGGUUGUAGACACUUUAUUUAGCAUCUCAGUAUCUCAGUUUUGUUUCUUGGUAAGUUAAUAGUAAAGGCAGAUUCAGUAUUGUUCAGUAAUAUUGUAUCCUUAAAAUUUUGGUAUGAAUUGUGUUGACCUUGGCACUUGUCAGUGAUAUUGGCAUGUAUAUAACACAUAAGCAUACAGUGUACCAAAAUAUCCUCAGUUAUGCCUUCACUAGUGUAAUUACAUAGUAUAUAGUUUUCUAAAUUUCAACAAUUAAAUGCUGGUGGUGAGAAGGUGUCUUUGGCAUUGACACACAGUUAAUGGCCGAAAUGUAUAAAACCAUGUAAAAUAUUGCUGUAUUUUUCUCAGAAUCAUGUAAAAUUGUUGUUUUUAUGUUUGAGUAAAUUAAAAUGGCAGCAUCCUUGUGUUAGUGAAGCUGAUAGUGUUUUAUCAAUGACAAAAAUGACUUGUGCGUUGUUGCAAGUUCAGGGUGUGUAUGGGGUCUGAGUUGUGAGAGAAUCUAUUUUAGCUGUAAUUAAAUACUUAAUGCCA